CUGUGUCAUAAGUAAAAUGUUGAGUAAAUUUUUGAAAAACAGAAAUUUGGUGGAGUCCUGUAUAAGAUACUCGACUGGGGCCUGCCCUCCCCCUAAAAAGGGUUUAGUUUUGGGUGUAUACCGCGAAUGCAAUCAGAAUGAAUUGCGUUUGUCGACGCAAGCGCAGAAUUUUAAUGACUCUAUACAAGGCAAAGCCGAAGAAUUUUUAUUGACAUCAAACAUUGCCGAGCAACCAGUCGUUGUAGCCCAUAAUCUACAUCCAGAUUACUUCGCAGUGGCGUUCGCUGGCAUAGGGCCAAAAGAUGCAAAAUUUAAUAGCCAAGAAAGCCUAGAAGAGUGUUUGGAAUGGACAAGAAUAGGGGCGGGUUUAGGCGCAAGAGCGUUACAUCAGUACGGCGUGGAUCAGAUUUACGUGGAAAACAUGUCCAGCCCGGAUGCGGCGGCUGAAGGGUCAGUCAUGGGCGUUUGGGAGUUUGACGCGUACCAAACUGACGAGGAAUCUGUAAGAAGUAUUGUAUUACCGUUUAACGUCAGCGAUCCAAACUUAUGGAAAUACGGUACUAUAACUGGCGAAGCGACCAAUUUAGCACGUUACAUCGCCCAUUUGCCUCCCAACGAGGGCACUCCAGAGGCAAUAGCAAAAUUUGCCAUCGACAAUCUUUGCAAGUGUCAAGUCAAUGUGGACGUACGCGAUGUUGAAUGGAUAGAGCAAAAAAAACUCAAUUCAAUAUUGAACGUAGCAAAAGGAUCUAGGCGACUCCCGCUGUUACUGGAACUAUCUUAUUGCGGAGGAGUAGCUGAUCAGAAACCGGCAGUACUGAUAGGCGACGGAUGUACAUACGACUCGUGGGGCUUGUGUCUGCAAGAUAACCAACAAGUCGAUUGGGGUAUGUACGGAAAAUCUGGAGCUGCAGCCGUAAUAGCGGCCAUGAAAGGUAUUGCUCAGCUGUCUUUACCAUUGAACGUCAACGCGUUGGUACCUUUGUACGAAAACAAACCGGGAGCGAUGGCUUUAAAACCGGGAUCAGUCAUUAAGACAUUCGAUGGCAACACCACAGAAGUUCACAGCACCAAUGUGUCAUCCAGGCUGGUGUUGAGCGAUUUGAUAGGAUACAGUCAUACGCUAGCGCCCAACGUCAUCGUCAAUAUAUCGGCGCUAUCCAACGACACUCGGAAGUACAUGAGUAGCGGCGCUAUUUUCGGGUUUACAACGGACGACGACAUAUACAAAACAUUCGAGGAAGCUGCAUCGAGCACAGGUGAUCGCGUCAUACGAGGCCCCCUUUGGGAAUUUUAUAAAGCUAAAACCACGUGGCCCACGAUGGCCGACACCAGAGUAGUACCUAACCAAUGCACUGGAGACGCUAUGGCGGCGGCCAUGUUUCUAGAAAAUUUCAAACCUAAAGGAGCAGCAAUGGUAACACUUGAUAUCGGUGGUUCUGCCUUUCUAAGGAGUCUUAAACCGGACCACUAUUUAAGACCUCAUCGGAUGACCGGAAGUCCGAUGCGCGCUGUGAUUCAAUUUUUAAAACAAAUUGCAUGUCCAAAUGAUAGGCGACUUAGGUGUUGAUUAUUUAUUUUAUAUUUUAACAAAUUUAAAAAUACAUAAAUAUACAAAAUUGUGUUUGUCAUA